UUCCCUGGAAACAUCCUAUCGUUAAUCGUUCUUCCUCCUUUUAAGCCUAAUAAUUAUGGAACUGACUAGUAUUAUUUUCCAGGAAUGUAUCUUUUCCAAAGGAUAAGGAUAAUCCUAAUUGUGAUAUAUUACUUUUUUUCAGUUCAUUAUUAUGUAGUAGUAGCUGAUUCAAGGUGCAGAGAGGGCUGUGCAUUAGCUUUCGCUUCAUACUCUCUUCAUCGUGGUUAUUAUGACGAAUUUGUGUCCGACGUAUCCCGCCGGUUAUUCCCGAACGUUUCUAUCCCUGAAAUCCUUAGCUACAACCCUAGUUUCGUAAUCCCGCUUACUCAGGCUGAAGCCAACAUCACGAUUAAGAUUAAAGUACCCUUCCGUUGUGACUGCCUUAAUGGCGACGACUACUUGGGACACGUUUUUCCAUACAAUCUCCGCUCUGGGGAUACUUAUGGUAGCGUAGCGGCGGAGUAUUCCGGUUUGAUUACUGAGGAGUGGUUGAUGAGGUUUAACAGUUAUCCGUAUAAUAAUAUUCCGGUUAAUAAUGUAACGUUGAACGUGACAGUGAAUUGCUCGUGUGGGAAUAAAGAUGUAUCCCAUGAUUAUGGGUUGUUCAUCACAUAUCCAAUCAGGCCAGGGGAAACUCUGGAGUCGAUCGCGUUGGCGACCAAUACAAGCUCUGAAUUGAUCCAGAUGUACAAUCCAGCGGUGAAUUUCAGUGCUGGCACUGGGCUGCUCUACAUUCCAGGCAGAGAUAAACUUGGGAACUAUCCACCUAUGCCAACCAGCAAAGGUUCAUCAGGUAAAUCUAUUGCUGGAAUGGCAGUAGCAUCACUAGCUGGAGUUACAUUACUCAUAGGCAUCAUUUACGUGGGAAUUUAUAGAAAGAAGGAACAAAAGGUUGAACCACACAUCUCAGCAUCUGCUGAUGAAUCACAUCCAUCUGGUCAGGGCCUUUUGGGCAUAGCUGUGGAUAAAUCUGUUGAGUUCUCAUACAAAGAACUUGCUGAGUCGACUAAUGGCUUUAGCAUCUCUAAUAAGAUUGGCGAAGGUGGCUUUGGAGCUAUUUAUUAUGCUGAGCUGAGAGGCAAGAUAACAGCAAUAAAGCAAAUGAAAAGGCAAGCAAAAACCGAAUUUCUUGCUGAACUGCAAAUUUUGACGCGCGUUCAUCACCUGAACCUGGUGUGCUUGAUAGGAUAUUGUGUUGAAAGGUAUCUCUUUCUUGUAUAUGAGUACAUUGACAAUGGUAAUCUAAGUCAACAUCUACGUGGGAGGGACACACUGCCAUGGUCAACGAGGGUGCAAAUUGCACUAGACUCAGCCAGGGGUCUUGAAUAUAUACAUGAACACACUGUCCCCGUUUACAUUCAUCGUGAUAUUAAAUCAGCAAAUAUUCUGAUAAACAAAAACUUCCAUGCAAAGGUUGGAGAUUUUGGCUUGACGAAACUUGUUGAAAAUGGAAAUUCAACUUUGCCUACACGUUUUAUGGGUACAUUUGGGUACAUGGCACCAGAGUAAGUUUUUUCAGUGUACAAAAUGUGUCUUAACACAGAAAUAGCUGCUGCUGACCUGACUUAAUUAAUAACUGGUGAGGUUUUUUAUUUUUAAGAUUAAAUAGUCUUAAAAUGAGGGUGAA